AUGGCUGGCACGGAGCACCAUGCUGUGCAGCCGUUUCUCCAGCAUCAACCGCACGCGGCGCGGCAGGUGAGCCCGCCACAUGAUCACAAUGUCGACCCUCUCUACCGGCCAUCUGUCUCCAUGGCGCCACCCCCGCGACAGCCAGACUCCGACACGGCGUCGCUGCCUGAAGCAGAGGACGUGCAGCUCUACGAGUUCAAGGGCCUCGCGGCGCGCAAGGCCUCCAAGGUCAGGGUCCUCGCCCGUGUUCUCGGCAAGUGGAUCGUCACGGUGGCACUCAUUGUCGCCGUGUACGCCGUGCUGAUCUCUUAUUCGGUCGAUCGACCCGUCAUGUCGACGACGAAGAAGCGCCAGUUCAACGCGCUCAUCACGGGUCUGCUCAUCACUCUGGGCCUGUCGACGGCCAGCUUCCUCACAGGCAUGUGCGAUGACAUGCGGUGGUGGAUCCUCAGCAGGAGGGCGCGAUCUCAGCACAAGGUCGAGCACAUUCUACAUGCCCACAGCACUUCGCGCGUCAUCCGUCUGGCGUCGAGAUCGAAAAGGUCCAACAUUCACGUCGUCGUCACACUGUGGGUGCUGCUGAUCAUCGGGGCCCAAGUUGGCAUCGCCUCCAUCGGCUUGUGCUACUCCGUCGAGCGCACCGAGGACAAGGCGCUGCUCGUGCGCGGCAACGUUUCGAUCCCCGACAUGUCGAGCAUUGAGACGACAAAGGUGGCCAACGGAAGCAACUCGCAGCGUGCACAGGAGUACACAGCCAACAGCGUGUCACUGGCGUACGACACGGCGACCAUCGACCAAAUCCCACAGCCGGGUGACCUGUAUUCAAGCGACGAUCCGCUCUUCUUCUGUGACGACGGGGGAUGCAUCUACGCCUUUCACGAGGUCAACACCAAGUCGGCCCUCGACCCAGACUCGUUCCCCAUCACGGCCGUGACGAACCGACUCGUGCGGGUGGACACGAUAUGCCGCAGCUAUCGCGUCACGUCAGGCGGCGACGGCCUCUUCGAGAACAUUACCAUCGCCGACAGCAGCAGCCGCGGCGGCGCGCGCAACGUCACGCUGCCGGUACUCGGUGGCAGCGACCAGUCGACUUUCUUCACCGACACAAUGGCACCAUGCGGGCCGACGUGUGGGAGCGUGUCCGUGUUUGAAGCAUCAUCGUCCUCGCCGUGGCUCUACGAGUGUAACACAACGGUCGGGACGCCAACGAACGCUUCGCUGCCUGAACACGCGCUCGGCGACGACCUCGUCUGGAUGGUGGCCAUGGCCGUGGCGCUGCAAGGCUACUCGACGACGGCGGCAGACGAGGACCUGCAGGUCCAGGGCAUUGUGUAUCCGGCGGCGACGUACUGGGGCACGCCGAUGAGCGGCAGCAGCGAUGCGCUGGCGCUGCUCAUGUCACGGUUCGCCAUUGGCGUGCUCGGCAUGGCGGCGCAGUCGAACACGGCGCUCUUUGUGUGGGGCGACGCGCCGACGAUCGGGCAGAAGCUCAACAUGGAACACUGGGACAUGAUCCAUCUCAUCAUGGUGCUGACGGCGGGGCUGCAGCUCGUGCUCGGCACGGCGGCGGCGCUGACGGCGCACAGGGUCGUCGUGCCCGAGGGCGGACCGGUCGCCGAGGCCGAGGUGCUGAGGCCGAUGCUCGGUGGUGCGAGGAGGAGGAGGCGCGGGCGGUUUGACAAGGGCAAGGGCAGCAUGUCGUUGACGGUCGGGCAGGGCGGCGACGUCAAGACGGCGUGGGUGUAUCGCAACAAGUACGUCGGCGAUGGCGUCUACGAUCUGUACAUGGAGGAGGUGUUGGUCCCGUGCAAGUCGUCCGAGUCCAAGACUGGCUGGGGCUCGAAGAAGGGGAGCAGAUGGACCAGGCUGAUCAAGAGAAACAAGGAAAACAGGGCGAGCACAGAUGGGAGUAGCAGCUCGCGCGCGGGCUUGCGAGACGGAUGA